AUGGCUUCCACCGGGGAGAGCUUCUGGAAGUCCUCCUCCGUGCGGCGCAUCAGCCAUUUCUACCCUCAUCUUGCAAGAGCCAUGGCGGGCGUGCAGUCCAGGGUGCUGGCCGACCCGGUCUACAUCUGCGUGGAAUGCAGCGCGGUUCAGAAGAACCAGCAAGCCAUGGCCGCCCACUGCAGGAUCCACAUCAACUCCGACGGCAUGGAGAAGGGCACCGUGAGGCACAUCAAGUACAACCCUGACCAUACCUUCUCUCUGAUGUGCCAUCCAUCUCCUGACCAGGUGUUGCUGAUCCCCAACAGAUCUCCGAACCCUAACUUAUCUUCUGCUAGCGCCACUGCGUCAGAUAUUCUGCAGAAGUGCGUCGAUCUUGGCUAUAUUCGGCGGCCAACGUCAGUUAAUGCCAUUCGCAAUGUCUUUGCCUCGGCUGCUACUACGACAGCAGUGCUUGAUCUGACACUCAGGUUGGGUCAAGGAGCUACUGCUGCUGACAACUCCAAUCAGCAGAUCAUAAAAUCCCUUUUUUCCUGAGUCAGGUUAGGUGACUGCUGCGAAGAUCGGUGGUGUACCCAAAUUAAGUGAGUUAUGCAGGGUUGGAUACUUGGAUCUGGCUGCCAUGCGAUUGUAGGAUGGGAUAAGAGAUUCAGACCUGAGAAUUCAGAUUCUCAUGAGAUUCAUGCGUCUAUGUAUUUUUUAGUAGUUUUGUUUCCUAAGGUUGUGGUGUAUCAGUCAGCUGUGUAUCUUUGCUUGGUCGAAAAGAGAAAAAUGUAUCAGUGUGAUUCAGUGUUAACCAUUUGAAUGUAC